CCAAAACAGAAAAAAAAGCUUCUUGAAGAACUUGGAAAGAACAGACUUCCAUAUAUGACACCAGUCGAUGCUGAUUUCCAUCAAUUGUGGAAGUCCAAAUAUUCCAAGCUGAUUUUCAGAAAAUCUGACACGGUACCUGAAGAGCUCCAUCAAAUGGUACAAGAAGGCUUUCUGACCUUGCGAGAACAUGAUUGUUUCUUUCAAGAUCUUGUAAGGAUCAAAGGAAAAGAUUUUGUUACCCCUGUGUCUCGUAUAUUAAUUGGAAACCCAGGAUGCACAUACAAAUACUUGAACACAAGAUUAUUUACAGUUCCUUGGCCUACUGAGGGUUAUGAUAUAAAAUACUGCAGUCAUCAAAUACAUGAUGCCUGUAAAGCAUUAAUCAGACUUAAUGACUACUUGCAUAUUGAAGCAGUCAAGGCAUUGCAAGGACAAAAUUUGGUUGAGACCAGAGAAAUUAACGAUACUACCGUAAUAGAUAGGGAGCAAAAUUUUGCUACUUCUCUUACAGAGAAAGGGUCUGUUUCAAAAGAUCAAAGCAGUUGUUGUGUACCAGCUGAUGACUACAUAAGUCUAAAGGACAGAACGUCUUAUAAUGUGACUUUAUUGAAUUAUAUGGAUCCACUACAAAUGCUGUACUUGAAACAAGAACCUUAUUUUGGAAUGGGGGACAUGGCAGUGAGCUGGCAUCAUGAUGAGAAUCUGGUUGAAAGGUCAACGGUUGCGGUGUACAGUUACAGCUGUGAAGGUUCAGCUGUGGCAGAAAGUGAUGAACAAAUACUGAAGGGAAGAGACCCAGCUGUUUGGCACGUAGGCUUGAAGGUAGCAUGGGACAUAGAGACACCUGGAUUAGCAAUGCCACUUCACCAAGGAGACUGCUACUUGAUGCUUGAUGAUCUCAAUAUGACACAUCAGCACUGUGUUCUGGCUGGUUUUUCACCUCGAUUCAGCUCAACUCACAGAGUGGCAGAUUGUUCAAGAGGAACAUUGGAAUACAUAUUCGGACAAUGUGAACUGGCGCUCCAGAAUUUGCAGACUGAGCCAGAUUCAGUGACUUUAUCUUUGAAAUCACUGGAAACUGCCAUUAUAAAGCAAGUAGAAGAAAUACAUAAUGAGGUUGAAUUUGAGUGGCUUAGGCAGUUCUGGUUUCAAGGCAAGCGGUAUUUGAAGUGCACUGAUUGGUGGCUUAAGCCUAUUGCUAAGUUAGAAGAAUUUUGGAGAAAAAUGGAGAUUAUGACAAGCCUGGUCCUCUCUGAAGUUCAAAAAGAGGAACGAAUUGAGGAACAAAGGAAUAAAACAAUCAGGUGCUUCUUGCUAGUUCUUACAGAGCGACAAAGGCUGCGUAAGGAAUGGACAGCAAGAUGCCAGUCAGAAGCAGCCGAGAGCUUGCCAGAAGACCAGAAACCAGAAAGCCAUCCCUUCUGGACAGAUGAUGAAUGUAAUAUGCCUCUGCCAUAUGAUCUUGAAGAAGUAAUUGCUGAUCUACAAAAUCUUGUUCAGUGGGUAGAAUAA